AUGGGACGCUUUAGUCUGAACGAUGCUUCACAUAAACGGCGUGCUCCGGAUACACGCGGCACUGGCUUCCUGAACAACAUUACUGGACCGAAGACUUCGGCGAGCACGUUCCUCGCGCCCCGGGCGCAAGCUUCACAGAUCGGUGCCCCCUUCGCGUUUACGUUUGGCAGUGGGCUGGCGCUAGUGCAACAUAGCACCCCCCGUGCAUGGGCGCACGAGAGUCGGGGAGGAAGUUCGGCCAUUUUGAGCGGCAUCGAGGCUGGGAUGGACGCACAGAAGCUCGCUGCAGCGUUUCAGACGCCGUUUCACGGUGUGGCGAUAGACGACGCACAAGGCAGCCCUCCCGAAGAACAUGAGGAUUUAAAUGAAGCAGUCGCUGCUCCAACCGCAGAAGAACCAACUAAGCCGUCAUUCACUGAAAAGAUUAAAUCGCUUCUGAAAAAGGUUCCCCUUUUGUCUUGGAGGGACGACUGGAGCCAGCUCUUUCUCCACGAAGCUAUUCGACACGACGGGCGCGCAGAAGCACUGGGUCUUACGAAAUGCCCUGGUUGCAAGAAGGAUGGAUUCCCAGAGUAUCGCUGCGAAGAUUGUCGCUAUGCGAACUACUGCAAAGAGUGUACCCUCUUCUGGCAUCGGCACGUCCCGCUGCACAACCUUGAGCGUUGGAAUGCUUCGGAGUUCUAUGAGAGAGUAUCCGGAGCCGAGGUUGGCAUUCGUAUUCAGCUUCUACAUCCACCAGGCGAAGUGUGCAAGUUUCGCUCCCUCCAUUCGGUCGAGAAAUUUACCAUAAUACACACCAACGGCAUCCACAAGAUUCCGGUCGAUUUCUGCAAGUGCGAGAUUGGGAAGGACAUUCCAUACCACAUUCAGCUGAUGAGAUGGCGUCUCUGGCCCGCAACCUGCGAGGAUCCGCAUACGGCAACGACCUUUGAGGCUCUAGACUGUUUCACGCGACUGUCAGCGUUCGGUCGACUGAACGUCUACGAUUUCUAUCGUGCACUGGAAGCCUCGACGAAUGGCGCCAUGCUACAACGUGUAGCGAACGUACGACAGCAACUGUCCAAUUGCGUGCGUCAGUUUCGUCACAUCAUGAUGUUCAAGCGAGCGGGUCGUGGCCAUGAGCCGGGCGGCAUCGCCGGAACCCCUCCUGGAGCCUGCGCAGUCCGAUGCCCGGCUUGCCCCGAUCUGAAGCUCAACAUGAAGACAUGUGUGCUGGGUCCAUUGAAAUGGAUAGGUCGCGCGUUCCUGGGUGUGGACGCGAACUUUCGACUGUCUAACAAGUUUACGUAUGCGACAAAACAAACGGACCCAAGUCUUACCGACGGCAGAGCAUAUAUGGCACCCUGGAAAGACUACGCGAAACAUAUACGUGCGACGAACAAGGAGUUGUCUGAAAAGUCAACGUGCUCGAAGUUCUCGGCGCUCGAAUUAGCCAACGUGAGAGAGGUCACGAUUUCGUACGACAUCGCUUGUCAAUAUUGCCGGAAGAUUAAGGAACGCCUGGCACGGAUUCCGCACACGAGCGCCGUAUGGGCUGGCGCGCAAACCUUUGCUGCACUCGUUGCGUCCAACAGCAUCACAUAUGCGGUUCCAAAAUUCCAUCUAUUCGCCCACAAGUUGUGGUGUCAGCUUCGCUUCGCUUUUGGAUGGCUAUUUGGCACAGCUAUAACAGACGGGGAAGCAGUGGAGCGCUUGUGGUCUGCAUUCAAUGCGGCUGCAUCUAGUUUACGGGAGAUGGGUCCGGGUGGGAACAAUGACACGCUGGAUGAUAUGUUCGGUGCAUGGAACUGGAUGAAGACGUGUUGCAUUGGUGCCUCAAUCGCACAAAUCAACUCGGAAACCGAGAAAGAGAUCGGCUCUGCGACGAACGAGGUGGCGCGUGGGCUUGCGAAAGAAGACGCGGUGCUAGCCGAAUGUCUUCUUGACGGCCUUCGGAUUGAGGAUGAAAGGGCACGUAUAACUGCGAGGCAUGACAGUGAAGGCGAGACAGACAAACAGGCGACAACGAAAACCACUGUUCUCAAAGGCCUAGCGCUUACAAUCACCAAUUUUCGAGCUGUACAGGAGUACGCCAUGCCCGCGACAUAUGCUCGCCUUUCCCCCAAUGAACGCGACCCCGCCCACAAGACUGCCAUGACCGUCGCGCUUGGCUUACCAUCGGCUCCACUAGACGGCGACACAUCUCUUGUCUCUGCGGCCGCCAAGACCAUGGAAGCUAAAUAUCGUUGGGCGUUGAUGAAGGACGAGCUUGACCGUCUACUGCAUCAACUGCGCUGGAAGGGAUGUCUCCAUAAGCAUAGAAUAGCCCACGUGACGGGACAGCGAGCGUCUACGAGGUCGCUUUCCGCCCAAGCCGCCGUCAGCGCCAACGUCAAAAGGGCGGCAGAUGCAUACAGACGGCAUCGCGCCGCCUAUGAAGUCUUAGUUGGUGACGGCUCCUGGAAAGAUGUCAUGCGCGAGUUGAAGGAUUCGGAGUGUCGUCCCCUUGGCGAUAGACUCAUUGAGCAGAUGGAGAAGAUGGCAGAGCGCAAGAUUAAGAAGUUUCUCGAGGGGAAGUCGGUAGCCGAUACGUCCGGCGAGACAAAUUACAAGCUUCCAUGGAUCUGGUAUAGCUGGGGUGGGAAGACCGGCGCCGAAAUUACAGACCAACUGAUCACUGAGUGGGCCAAAUCUCGUGCGCGCUCUCAACACUGGGUCCAGGAGAUACAACUAGUCGACGCCGAGAUGCAGCGCGCGAUCGAGUUCAGCGAAUCGAUGGCGUUAAUCUGGGAUGCGCGACGAAAUUAUGAGAAGACUAUCGAUAUCGGACCUGAGCAAAGUUGGGCUUGUGAUGAUGCAUGGGCCGAUGGUAUGCGGGCAUAUGCGUCGAAGCAGGCGUUCAUUAGGAGGGCGCACGCAGCGAAAUGGACUCAGGAAUUCGCGCAGCUGCGUAUGGAAGCGAAAAGGUUUCUCACCGUUCACACAGACGAUGGCCUUUCAUUGGAGCCGCUGACGUUGCUGUCUGUCAGUGAGGUGGAGGAUAUGAGACUCCGUGCGCGUCUUAGGAGAGAAAGGCGGAAUAAGCCCAAACGCGUCAAGCCUGAUGACGAGGAUCCGGACGUAGAAGUCGACGACGGCCUCUUGGACCUCUUCGAAGAGGAUACGGCUUUACAGGAGGAAUUAGAUGCUUUAGCGUCUGGCUUUAAAGGUACUAUCCACGCUGUCGAUGGCGGUGCUAAAGGCAAGAAACCCAAGGAGAGUAGAGGAGGUGGAAAGAAUCGGCGUAAGGGAGGGAAGUAG